AUCGAAGGCCAUUCAAAUUCCGUAAUGGCCGUGUGUUUCUCACCUAAUGGCCAGCGCAUUGUCUCGGCAUCUGGAGGCAAGACAGUCAAGCUGUGGGAUGCUGUCACAGGCUCCCAUCUGCACACCUUAGAAGGACAUAAGGAUGCAAUCCGAUGUGUGGCAUUCUCAUCCGAUGGUAAAUACAUUGCUUCGGGCUCUAACGACAAGACCAUCAUUAUUUGGGAUGCCGCUAUCGGCCAACACCUCCACACUCUGACAGGUCACACUGAUCAUGUCACGGCUGUAGACUUCUCUCUAGACAGAGAUGCCACGGUUCUCGCCUCCAGCUCCAAUGACCACUCGAUACGAAUUUGGGACCUCAACAACGACAUCGGCUCAUCCAGGACCCUGUCUCCCGCACACACAUCUGAUGUCAAAAGUGUCAGGUUCUCCCGAUCUGGAUCACUGCUGGUUUCGUGCAGCCAGGACGCCAAGGACAUUCUUUUACAUACCACUGCUGACGGCCGCUGCUUCCGCACACUCCAAGGCCACACAUCAAGGGUGUGGUCUCUCGACUUUUCUCCUGAUGGCGCCACACUUGCAUCAGGCUCAGCAGACAAUACCAUCAUCCUGUGGGAUGUGGCGAGCGGUUCCACCCUCCGCACUUUGAAAGGGCACUCCGACGAGGUGUUCAGCCUCAGAUACUCCCCCGACGGCCAGCAGAUAGUCAGCUGUGGCAGGGACCAUAACAUCCGGAUCUGGGACCUGAGUGCUGGUGCCGAGCCUCAACAUUCGUCGAAUGUGCGCUCCGCGACGUUCUCACCUGACGGACACAUCGUUGCCACCGGGUCACGAGACACUACGAUUCGCCUAUGGGAUACUGCGAGCGGCGCUCAGUUGCAAGUACUUGAAGGUCAUAAAGGCAUUGUCUCAUACCUAUCGUUCUCUCCCGAUGGAAAGACGCUGCUCUCGUCAGAGCGCAAGGCCGACGUAUCCGAGGCUGGCACUCUUCGUCUGUGGGAUGUGGAGAGCGGUCGUUGCGAACAGACGUUCAACGGGCACGAAGGCUGUGUAGAGAUGGCGAAAUUUUUCCCGGACGAGAGACGAGUGGUCUCGUGCUCAUACAGCGAUCACAGCAUCCGUGUCUGGGAG